AUGAAAGAUCUUUUUGAUGAUAAUAAUAAAUAUUAUAGAUAAAGUUAAGAUUGUCCUUUAAAAAUAUGUUAGCCAUUAGGAUUAUCUUUCUUAUAAGAAAACAAAAGAAAAGGAGAAGAUAUAGUUGAAUUAGAUAAGAGAAAGUUCCAAAGAAAGAGAAAUUCUAAACCAAUAAGUGCAAUAUUGAAGGAAAAAGAUAAUCUAUUAGAACAACUAACUUAUAACAAAGUAAGUAACAGACAAGUAGAUGAUAAAUUAAUCGAAAAGUUAUGCCAAGAAAUUCCAAAAUAAUAAAAAUAAUAAUAAUUUUCAGAUACAGAAUACAAGAACUCAUAUGAAAAUUUACGAAGAGAUGAAUUUAGAGAAGCUCGUGCAGAAAUUUAUGAUAAAAUUGAAUUAGAAUAAUAUUAAGACUUGAAAGCACUAAAAUGUCAAAAUUUAUUGAAUUUAUCGAAAGGAUUUAUUAAAAAAGAAAAUUAAUUAUCUUAAUAUUAUCAUGUCUUUGGAACUUUUGAACAUAUUUCAUAUUUAGAAUACUUAAAAAGAAUUUGUGAAGAAUAAUUAUCGACUUCAAUAUUAAAGGUUUGGCUACCGGAAUCAGAAAAGUUAAGAGGUUGGGAAUAUAAUUAAAAAUUUAAAAAGGAUCUAGAGGUUUUUGUGGAGAAAUUAGAAGAAAUAAAAAGUGAAGAAUUAAAGGAAUUUAUAUAAAAAAGUGAAGAUAAAAUAAAAGAAACUGACAGUAAUUACGAAGGUAUUGAACUAUAUUUAGGUUUAAGAAGUGUUUCAGGAAAAAAUGGUUAUUUUGAAUAAGAAAAGUAAUGCUAAAAGAAACUUUUGAUUGAUUUAUGUUUAAUUUGUUAAUUAGUAGAUGAAGGAGGAAAUUGUGUAUUGAAAUUUUAUAAUAGUUUUUAAAAUAAAAGCCUUGUUUUACUGUUUAUAUUUUAUAAAAUAUUCAAAACUACAGUGAUGUGUAAACCAAGAACUUCUUCACUUUUAUCUAAUGAAAGGUUUUUAGUUUGUUAAGGAUUAAAAAAAGAUUUUGCGAGAUAAAUUGGAAAGAUAUUAGUGGAUAAAUUCGAUAUUUUAUAAAAAGAAGAUUUUUUGUGCUGUGAAUUAAAACAUAUGACUUAAGAUUAGAAAUUUUGUGAUAGUUUUAUUGAAAAAUUCAUGAAAAAUAUGGUAAAAGUUUAAACUGAGUUUUUUGAUUGUUUGGAAGUUUUGAGUGGGAAUUAUACAGAAGUGAUUAAAUAAGAACUAAAAAAUGUUUUUUCGUAAAUUUAUUAUAAAGAUAUUGUUUAAAGUAUGAAUGUUUCUGAUAAAACUCUAAAAAAAGAACUUGGAAUUAAAAAAUAAGAAUUAGAUGAAGUUAUUAAAGAGUUUGUUGAAGAAAAUUAAAAUGAAGAAAGAGUAACAAAAUAAGAAGAUGAAAAUUAAGAAGAUCACGAUUAAAUUUAUUUUUCAGAAGGUAAAAAUUCUCUUUUGGAAGGUUUGCAAAAAGUUAGAGAUGAAAAUGAUGAAAUAGAAAAAGUAGAAUUAGAAAGAAGAAAAAAAGAAGGAGAAAAGAAAAAUGAAGUCGUAAUUAAUCAAAUAAUUAAAAGAGACCUUAAUUAAGUUUAAGAAGAUCUUAGUAAUAUUUAAAUUAUUAGAUAUCAAACAAUUAAGAAAAGAAAAUGA